UCCCAGCCCCUCCUCCCAACGUCCCCCCAGCUCGCCCAGGCACCGGCCCCCCAACCCAGGCCCAGCUCCCCACUAUCCCCCACCCACAGCCCCAUAUCCCCCCCCGUCCCAACGUCCCCCCCAGCACAGCUCCCCACUAUCCCCCCACCUACAGCCCCACAACAUCCCCCAUCCAACUCCCAGCCCCCAUCUCCAACGUCCCCCCAGCUCGCCCAGUUGGUGGGCUAG